UCCUGCCACAGGAACCUCAACUCCCAGGGUAUGCGGGCAGGGGUGGGGGCUGGGGCACCCCAGGAAGCUCUGGGACCCCCAACAUGGGCAAGCAAGUCCUGCAAGUGGGCCCAAGUACACUCAAGACCCAACCCCAGGAAGUGCCAGGACCUGGGGGACUCGAUCCUGUUACUCCUGGGGAGCGUGAUCCUGUUGAAUGUUGGAAUGAAUGCGGUGAUGCUGCUCUGGCGUCAUUUGAAAGCCUCCCUCCGAAUACUGUUCCAUCACUUUGGGGAAAAAUACCGGCAACGAUGCCACCCAACCUGCAUCUGCUGCACCAUGGAUCCCAAGAGCCUAAUCCCUCGGGGCUCUCCCCAUACCCAUCAGCAUCAAACCUGCCUGGUGGACCCUUCCCACAGCCUGGACUGGGCCCCAGACACAGAUGAUGAGAAGGUCUCAAAGUGCCGAUGGCUGCCACCACAAUGUGGCCACUCUGGAGACCCAAAGAUCUCCCGUGGACUAUGGAAGCAGGGGAAAGGGUUGGUGCCCAAGGCAGAAAAGUUUACCCAUUCUCAGUCUGCUGGAGUGAGUACUACCCCACUCCUGCGCCCUGAGACCCUUUUCUACCCUGGCCAAAAGCCUCAAAGCUCAAGGAACAGUGAGGAAAUAGAGUCCCAAGCUGCCAGAUGCAUUCAGAAGCCAUGCCAGGUUUUCCUCUCCUCCUCUGUUCCUCAUCCCCCAGCUGGCCAUGUGGUAUAUGAUGCCAGAAAGAUGAAAGGCCCAAACUGCCAGUUGGGGGGAUUUGUGGAAGCUUUGUCCCUUUCCACAGGCGGAGGCUCUCUUCGAGAGCUCAGUGAGAAGGGCCAAAACCCAGUCUCCCAGACCCUGGAGAGGCCCUCCAAUCCGCCCACUUUCCCUGUUGACGACCCUGUGGAGCACAUAGAAUAUAGGAAGCAGAGAGCCAGCUUUCCUGAAGGAAGGAACAAGGGCACACUCUCCUGUAACUCCAAGUCCCGUACUGAUAAAGGUUAUUCUGAGAGGAAGAUUCUGCAUUCCCCAAACUCUGCCUGUUUACAGUCUUCUGACUACCCCACUUUUUCCUGCCAUGCUCCUUCCCAGUCACCCUGUUCUUCUGAAAUCCUCCUACCUGGCCAGAUUCAAUUGUACCAAAAACAGCCUUCAAAGGUUUUUGUAGAAACUAUUGAGGUUUCAAAGGGUGAUAAGGCUUGUGAUACGCAGAAAUUACCAGAGGUCUCCACUGUCACUCAGAUCCAUUGCCCCCAAAGAUGGAACCAAAACUGGGGGUACAAGUCUAUGGAAAUGUCCAUGCAGAAUCGGUCAUCCCUCCAUCAGAUGCCUCUGAGCAAGGGAUCUGGUUUGGCGACAGGCCAUGUGGUCUUUGAUGCCAGGCAACUCAGACUAAACAAGGAACAAGCCAGAAGCUAUGUCCCCAGGGUUUCCUAAGGCCCUGAAACCCCUCUGACUGUUCCAAGGAAAGGCAGAAGGAAGACUGGGGAUACCAGUCCAAGACGAAGACUUGGGAGAAAAGCACAGCAAUAAAGGGACAGGUAUAAAAAAGGAAACAGAUUUGCAUGGUGGUAUUCAGGUGCAGUGAAGCCCCAAACCUGAUUAGUCUCUAUGAUCAGAGAAUUGUCUGGACCAGAUCUUUGAGGACUAUUCAAGAAUGUCUUUGGAUCCAGUAGCUAGGGAAGAGGAACAAGGAAUGGGGUGGGGCCAGAACUUUCCGAGUGAACAGUCCAAGCAGAGAAGGGUGUAACCUCAGGUAAAAGGGGCGUGUCCAAGUGGAGACAAGGAAGUUACCCAAGAUUUUCUCCAAAGCUUUCUCCAGCUUUUUCCCUCCCGGCGGUCGCCUGAGGUCCUUUGCUAUCAACCCCCUCCCCACCCAAAGCCGCCUCAGCCCCAAAUGGCUUCCGCGGUCUGGGGGGGUACCCCCUGGUGGGGUCCGCCACCCCCAGCCCCUGCUCGUCCUGUCACGGACCUAGACUUCUGCUCUGGAGCUCAGCUACAGGAGCUCACUCAACUGAUCCAAGAGCUCGAGGUUCAAGAGAGCUGGCACAGCGGGCCACAACCCGGGGCUGACCUCCUCCGGGCUAAGGACUUUGUCUUCUCUCUGCUCAGUCUCAUCCACCGCCGGGACCCCCGGGUUCCCGAGCGGACAGAGCUUCUGCUCCUCCGCGGCGGAGUCCGCGAGGGCUCUCUCGACCUGGGGCCCGGAUCCCUGGGCCCCUACGUCCGGGGGCCCCACUACGAUGCCGGCUUCACGCUCCUGAUACCGUUGCUUUGGCUGGACUGCGAAGGAGUGAGGCCCUACCUUGAGCUGGAGUCAGGCAGCGCGUGGCUCCGCCUUCAAGCGCCAGUGGGCGGGGCCUCAGUCCUGGAGGCGUGGCACGACUGCCUAGAGCCCUCCGCCCCGGCGGGGCUGGGCGGGAAGGGGACAGUAAAAGAGGCGUGCCCAUUGGAGAAGCGUCCGCGUGACGUCACAAUGUCCGAGACUGCGGCGGCGUUCCCGCCGGUGCUGGAAGACUUCGAUCCCAAGUCGCCGGCGGAGGAGCGGCGUGGUGACUUGAGGGAUUCGGAAAAAAUAGACUUAUUGAAGGAUCCGCACAGUGACGUCACAGAGCAACUCCCUGGACAGCCAGUCCAAGAGCCUGAGGGGCGGGGCGCUCAGGAAAACUGGCCCGCUUUAUGCCCCACCCAAGUGGCUGCGUGGUUUUUUUCUUUGCUAUCUGCCGUAGCUGUCUCCUUGACCCCGGACCCCGGUUCCUUGCGCCUGGUCCAUGCCUCCCGCCAUGCGGGAGUCACUACCAUCCUUCUGUCCACGCCGGGCCCUCCCUCUCGGCUCUUACUCUUUGACUUGGUGCCAGGGGUCUCCGUGGCCGGCUGGCCGGGGAAAACCCGGACCUACGCCUGGAUGGGUUCCGUGGCCGCUGGCCCUACCGCCUACUACCUUGUGCCGGGCUACAGAGCCAAAAAGCAGGAUGGGCUCUGCUGGCGGAUUUGCUUUGCCCGCCAGGAGCUGGCGCUCAAGGCCCGUAUCCCCCAACCUCUGCUCCAGGCACACGCAGCUGCCCAGGCCUUGCUGCGCCCCCUGGUGGCCGGGGCCGGCUGCGCGGCUCCCUACCUCCUGCGGACUCUGCUCUACUGGGCCUGCGAGAGACUUCCAGCCCUCUAUUUGGGGCGGCCGGAGAAUGCCGGGGCCUGUUGCCUGGGGCUGCUGGACGAGUUAAGCCGCGGGCUCGAGGCUGGGGCACUGCCCCACUACUUUCUGGAAGGACAGGAACUGGCGGUCGGGGAAAGGGCCACAGAGCUAGCCGGGGCUCUCGCCCGCCUCCGGGGGGACCCUGCGGGGGCUCUCCGAACUGCGGUAGAGGAGGCCAAGACUGCGCGGAAAGGGGGCGGGGUGGUAGGCGGGGGGUCAUUAAAAUAAAUGCGGCUGGAUGGAGACAGAAUCUUGGUUCUUUUUCAACCUUCAUUCCCGUCUCUCUCCAACCGGUGACAUAACUCA